AAGGAAGUGAGCAUAGCUUCUGCCCCCAAUUCUCCGGCAACAAUGGCGAACCUUCUUUCCGAAACAACCAAACGGGUCUUCACACCGGAAACACUCCGCUCUGCCGCGAAACAAUCGGAGGGAUGCCUCGUCGUUUCCGUUCGCCUCCGCCGCGCAAUCAAAAGGUACCUCAAGGAGCUGGAGGAGCCGCACAUGAAGAAGAAAGUGCUGAGGCUGUCUCAAUCCUUCAACCAAAUCAAAGAUGCUAACUCAAUGCUUUCCGCCAACACUUCCAAGGAGCUGGUCGAGGACCCCUUCAAGUCGAUGGAGAGCUCUCAAAGAUGGAAAAUCAGGAGCGCUUAUGGAGAUAUUGGGCUCACGUACUCGGACAGUGAGACCGUCGCUUAUGUAGCUUCUCGAAUGCCCGCCGUUUUCUCUGCCUGCUACCGCGUUCUCAACGAGGUAGGGAAAAGGUUGCCGGAUUUUUCUCCGGCGAAGGUGUUGGAUUUCGGUGCAGGGACUGGUUCAGCUUUCUGGGCUAUGAGAGAAGUGUGGCCAAAGUCAAUCAAGAAGGUAAAUUUAGUGGAACCAUCUCAAUCAAUGCAGCGUGCAGGGCGAAGCCUUAUACAAGGAUUGAAGGAUUUGCCACUUAUUCAUGGCUACGAUAGCAUUCAGGCGUUAAGUAAAAAUCUCAAGAAGACUGAGAGAGAGCAUGACCUAGUGAUUGCUUCAUAUGUGCUUGGUGAGAUACCAUCGAUGAAAGAUCGAAUUACUACAGUGCGCCAACUUUGGGAUCUUACCCGAGAUGUCUUGGUUUUAAUUGAACCAGGCACACCACAUGGAUCUAACAUCAUAUCUCAGAUGCGAUCUCACAUACUAUGGAUGGAGAAAAGGAAACUCCGCAAAUCUCUAAAGAAAAGAAGUGAGACUUGCACCGACUUGGUGCCCAUAAAAAGUGGUGUUUUCAUAGUGGCCCCUUGUUCCCAUGAAGGACAAUGUCCUUUGGUGAAAUCUGGAAAAUACUGUCAUUUUGUUCAGCGCCUGCAAAGAACAACAUCACAGCGGGCAUACAAGAGUUCAAAGGGUGGUGGACCGUUACGUGGUUUCGAGGAUGAGAAGUUUUCUUUUGUUGUGUUUAGACGAGGACAGAGACCUCGGGAAACUUGGCCCCUUUCUGGUGUAAAAUUAGAAACUCUGAAAGAGCAGAGGGCAAACAGGAGUCCAGCAGAAGUUGUGGAAAUUGAAGAUGAUGAAUAUGUGGAGCAAAAUGAAUAUGAAGAAGAGGAUGACGAUGCGGAAAACGAAGAAGCAGACCGCAGUAACUAUGACUCUGAUUUUAUGGAAACUGACAACAUUGAAGAUGAUGAAGAAGAAGGGCAGGAAGAAGAGGAGAUGGUAAAAACAGAACCCGCAGAAACAAGUGAGGCAGACCUAGGGGGAGGUUGGGGAAGGAUUAUAUUCUCGCCGGUUCGAAGAGGCAAGCAUGUUACUCUGGAUGUUUGCAGAUCAGUGAACGAGGAAAGCACAGAGGGUUCAUAUGAACGCAUAGUCGUGACCAAGAGCAAGAACCCGACAUUGCAUCACCAAGGCCGCAAAUCUCUAUGGGGUGAUCUCUGGCCCUUCUGAGAAAUGGCUCCAAUCAGUUAACUACUAUCUAUCUAAAGCUCUGUAACAAGAAAGAAUGUAUGUAUCAUAAUUUCGAGAUGGCCUGUCUUUUGUUGCAUCCCAGAAUGUCAGUAAGAACUACGUUUUUAUUAACAUUCUAUUGAUUAUAAGAGUGGAUCAUUAGACCUCUAGAAAACUACAAUAGCAGAUAAUCUAAGGAACCAUUUUCAUUUGGU